AUAUCAUGCAUGAUCGUGAUAAGCGACUAUGAUCGUAGUUUUGAAAUCAUCGCUAGGAAAUCAAAUGCAUCUUAUUCACUUGCACAUGAACUAUGAUGUCAUACUGCAGUGCGCACCAACAAGAUUAACGUCCUUGACAGGAAAAAUAUUUUUAUGAUAUAGACGGUUUUCUCUUAAUAGGAACAAUAUCUUUUAAAAUAGCGAAUUAAAUACAUGAAAUUCAAAUUAGUACCGUUUACGACAUCCUCGCAUUACUUAUAGAUACAUACGAUAAAUGCAACAUGCCACGGUAAGUCGCAACUGUAACUGUAUGAUGGUUAGCAGUAAAAUCAAUCGAUAGCUAUUCGUUCAGCUAACUCUGAUUCACGGUAGAUCGGUCGUGAUACGUAUUAGAAAUCAUUAACUCGCUUGUGACGAAAUAUUAAAUCGGUCAGAUGAGUUUAUAAAGGUGGGAAAGAAAUGCAAUAAAUUAUGUAAUAUAAUGUUACAUUGUUAUUAUCAACAGAAGAAGCGAAGUUAAAUCAACGAGACUACACUUUGAAAUUAUUAAGAAGUAUAAAGUGAGAAACGAGCGUAUAAAUGUGUGUUUGUCGUAACGAUGGAAUUUUUGGUUAAAAGAUGGAAGAGUAUAUGCAUGAAUGCAUAAGGGCCCGAAAUAAGACGCCCCUGGUGUACGUUGAACAGUACGUUCCUGCAGAACGGAGCCCGCGAGGGCUAGUUAGAAGAAGAGAGUCUAACUGGUGAUCCGAAGUGGUAUAAGAGCGAGGGAGACAGAACGAGCGAGAGAGGAACGCGAGGGCCGAGGCACACACCAUCGAGUAUCAACCAGCUGGUUGGCAAGGCAGCCGCGAGCAGUCGCCAGUGAGACGCGGUACCCCGCGAGGGCUUUCGUCGUUUGUUCGUUCGUCUAUACGUGUGUCUAUAUGUCCGUCAUCUCCCUUCCGCUUAAACCUAUCGUGGUCGUGCGUACGUUCAUUCGUUCGUCCGGUCCGUGUGUGGUGCGUCUCCCAUCGCUUACUUUGAACGACACUUGCCACCGGUCGCGACUAUCGUCUCUGUGUCAAAGUACGUCUCUCUCUUACUCUACCUCUCUCUCCUCGUUUCUCUUGGCGUGCCCGACCGAAAAGACAAGAUGGCUGCCGACUCAGGAAUGGAGACGUGUCCCUCCCCGGAGAUUGCAGACUCCAGGAAGCGGCCGCUUGAUUGUGACGCGGAAAAUGGCGCGACGAAGAGGUCUCAUUACGGAUCAGGGGGUGAUGGAACAUAUCACCUCAAAGUAUUGGUCCCUGGUGUGGCUGCUGGAGCAAUCAUUGGAAAAGGAGGGGAUACAAUUGCCCAGUUACAAAAAGAUACAGGAGCCAGGGUCAAAAUGUCUAAAUCCCACGAUUUCUACCCAGGAACAACAGAAAGAGUGUGUUUAAUUACGGGUAGUUUAGAAGCUAUAAUGGCAGUUAUGGACUUCAUUAUGGAUAAAAUUCGUGAGAAACCAGAUCUUACGUUAAAGACAACUGUUGACUUUGAAUCAGGGAAAACUACCGCAGAGAGAGACAAACAGGUAAAAAUUUUGGUACCUAACAGCACUGCAGGCAUGAUAAUAGGUAAAGCUGGAAAUUACAUUAAACAAAUAAAAGAAGAAUGUGGCUCGUACGUUCAAAUAAGUCAAAAGGCAAAAGAUGUGUCUUUGCAAGAAAGAUGUAUAACGGUAAUUGGAGAGAAAGAGAAUAACCGUAAUGCAUUAAUGAUGAUAUUAGCAAAAGUGGCAGAUGAUCCACAUAGUGGAACAUGUCCAAAUGUUAGUUACGCAGAUGUUAGUGGUCCUGUAGCUAAUUACAAUCCCACAGGCAGUCCUUAUGCUCAAGCACCUACAAGCACUCCCACGUAUACUUCUACGGCUGGCAUCAAUACAGUGAGUCUCUUGAAUGGUGCUGGAUUAAGCUUGAACUUGAAUUUAGGAGCUGCAAUUACAGCAGGUACAGCACCAGUGACAACGCAAUUGUUGGAACAUAUAAAAUUAAAUUUACGAACGGCAGGUUUUUCGGAACCUGCUGCUAGCGAAAUUUUGUCUGCUAUCGCUACACUUGCUAAAUAUAAUCUUCUCGGAAUGGGAAUCGGGAUGCCUUCUAGUAUGGGAUACCUUGGAAAUCCUAUGGAUAGCACUACAACAGCAAAUGGUUCGAAUAACAAUGGCGGCGUAUUUGGGCCAAUUGGAACAGUUCCUGCUCUUGGAUCUACGUCUCCCACACCACGUAAUACACUUGACAGAUACGAGCCUUUUGAUCCAUUCAGACAAAACAACACAGCUGCCAGUGCUAUUCAUCUAAACAACAAUUCGUUUGGCCUUGGCACUAACCAGUUAUCACUUGUAAGUAAGAGUCCUACACAGGUAGACGCCAACAACAAGGAGACCAAGAAAGUAGACAUAGAAAUUGCAGAGGUUAUAGUGGGAGCUAUUCUGGGACCCGGUGGUCGUGCCCUCAUUGAGAUUCAGCACCUAAGUGGCGCCAACAUACAAAUCUCUAAGAAGGGCAUGUUCGCUCCUGGUACCAGGAACCGCAUAGUGACUAUCACGGGUUAUCCUAAUGCAAUCGGCACUGCUCAAUAUUUAAUUGAGCAGAGGAUCAGUGAAGAGGAAGCAAAACGAGCACGUCAGAAUGCCCUCGCCAAUAUGAUCCAUUGAUUUCAAGUACAGCACUUUUGUUCAUCCCCAUUAUUGAGCUCCGUCAUUCAUCUUUUCACAUCUUGAGGUGAUGCUGCGGUAGCUCUCUCUUCCCUUCUUGAAACACUCGUCCACUACCACCUACCACCCGUUGUCAUCUAUCGCUACAUCACUAUAGCGCUUGCAUUCUCACAUCACUGUUCAUGCAUCCAUCAUGAUUCGUCAACAUUUAUCUAUCUUUUAAGAUUAUUAUGAUAUAUAAAUAUUAUAUGUUAAAUGAUAACUACUACAAUUGUUCUGUGAUACACCAUGUUACGGGACUUUAUCACAAAUAAUACACGUACUACAUCAGAGUUACAUAAUAUAUCUAGUUGUAUGGUAUAGGAUAUUGAAAGAAGGCAUGAUGAAAUUAUGAUUACAUUAGAAACGAAAUGGCACAAUUUGGCCAUAGUUGUUCUUGGAAGGUCAAGACGACAAUGUUACAUGGGUAAUUGUUUCGUUUCAUAAAAAUAAAUCUAUUUUUUUCUUUUUUUUUUGUAUAGGAGCAUAAUCUUAGUACUAAUAUGAAAGAUAUUUUUAGUUAGAAGGUCAUACAGAACUCACAAAUUGAAUGACUUCGAUCUGAGGAAUUAGUAUUUUAAUGUGUAUCGUGCAGACCAAAUUAUAUUCAUUUCCAUAAAAUGAUGUUGCAAAUUAUUGUAUUGAACUGUUCCUUGAGCUAUGAAAUGAUUAGGCCGAUUGAACGAUUAACAUGCUAUAUGAGCAAGUUUUCUCGAGUACAGAGUAAUACCUUGGCAAAACCAAAGAUCUUACAUAUGUAAAGCAGAAAUAACUUGGCUGGAGGAUAAAUAUACAUACAAAGGGAGAGCUAUUCUAUGUAUAAACAUAUAUUUAUAUAUUUACAAUGCUGGCUGGUCCAGUUAAAUGAAUAACAUAAUACUUUAUUGCCAAGUUUUAUUCUGAAUCCCAAAGUCUUUAUUUCUCAAAAUCUUCAUCAAAUUAUAUCUUAUAGUAUUUAGAUUAAUGUACCCAGAAGUAUAUAAACAUCAAGUCUCAUUCUUCCUUACUCAUACCUUAGGAACAGAGGAUUCAUUAUACUAGGAUGCUAAGAUAAGAAUUACUCGAUUCAUCACUGAAUCAAAAAGAUCCUCUCAUGUAAUAUUUUGGUAUGGUUAACACGCGUUGUACAUUAAAACUUUUGUCUAAUUAUUUUUAGUUUCAAGGUAUAUCAGUUGAAUACAAUUUGAGUUAAUGAGAUAUAUUUCAUGACACUUUGCAAAGCAAAAGCUGUGACAUAGAAAUUUGUUUUUGUCAUUCCUUUAUAUUAUAGCAGCAUGAAUAUAAUUAUUUUUGUCAUGUAAAGAUAUUUAUAUUUAUAUACAUCUGUUUUCAAUAGUUUAA